AGCACACGCCAUUUGUAAACUUCACCAGCGCCUCUAGUGUUAAUCUAAAUCGCGAAUGGAUUCUACCACUCCUAGAAUGUGCAUAAUAAGCCACUAGAAAGAGCGUAAAAGGGUGCAAAAAGCGCUAGAAGCAGAGACGUAAUGUCUAUGGCUAGAAGGUUGCAGAAUUAUUGGCAUUGCGAGUUGCGACUUUAAAGGAAGAUCCAAUUUCCAAAUUUAAAAAGCGACAAAUCGGUGAACCACCAUCACGACGGAGUGAUAGUGAACAGACCACAAAAAAGUAACCUCAAAACAAAAUGAAACUUAACCCAACUUUUUUAUAACGUUAAAAUGAUCCUUAUACACAAACAUGAAGACAAUUUAUACAUCUUCAUUCGCGAUUGGUUAAUCCAUUACAAUUACACGACCUCCACCUACACGGAAUUCCAAAUACACCAACCCACAGAUGUCCGAGAAAAACUGUCCGAAGACAGAAACGUUGCAGCUGUAAGUGCGUCAAAAGACAACCGUCUCAUUGCGGUGACCUUGUGUAACAAACAGCUGGUGAUCUACGACGAAAAAUUGAACGUGAUAGCCAACGUCGUGUGCAAACGAGCCGCCUGCGCGCUGACCUUCACCGACGACGACGAUUUGCUGAUCGCCGACAAGACCGGUGACGUUUUCGUCUACAAGCUCGACCGUCAACCCGAACUGCUCCUCGGUCACCUGAGCAUGCUGCUGGACGUGGCCGUAAGCGAGUGCGGUCGGUACGUUAUUACUUGCGAUCGCGACGAGAAAAUCCGCGUGUCGCACUAUCCCGAUUCGUAUAAUAUAGCGAGCUACUGUUUGGGACACGAGGAGUUCGUGACGCACUUAAAGAUGUACGGCGAUAUUUUAAUAUCGGCAGGUGGCGACGGUACCGUUCGAUUUUGGGACUUUGUCAAUGGUCGACAGUUGAACGUUGUAAAUACCAACGACCAUCUUCCGGAUAAGGCCGUGGUGGCGGAGUUUCGUAAGGAAAUGGGUGUAGAGAAUGCGGAUGUUACCGCCUUGCCGAUUGUCGACUUGCAAGUUUACAAGUCGGAGCAGUCCGCUUAUUUGGGCGUUCGUUUGUUGGGAAGUGACAGUGUGCAAGUUUACCGUUUGCAAAAUGCGUCGGACGUUCGGUUAGUGGAUGUUCUAACCGUGCCCUCCUUACUUGCCUUUCAUCUGGGUGAACGAUUGCUCGUUGUAACCGAGCGUGGUUUCUUGCACUAUACCGUCGCGCCUAAUAAAUUGACGAAGACUGACGUGAGUGAUGCGUGUUUCGAAAAAUGCGAACAUCUGUUAAAAGAUCAUGUUAGCCAGAGCAAAAGUCUUUUCUGUAAUUUGUACAAACGGAAAUACGACAAUGUCCAGGAAUACUUGGAGAAGAAGAAAAUGCGCAUCGAAAAUAAAUCGUAAUUCAAAUCUUA